CGUGAAAUAUAGCUUUCCGUUUUCCAGGAGAUGUAACUAAGGGGAAAAAUUGUGCUUGUCUCCGGUUGCCAGUGAUUUUCGCGUGUUUGAUUAAUUAUACCGGAGUGAGUAGCUGCCAACUUUUUGAGUUUUAGUAAAAUCGGGGGUUCGUGAGGCAUGUAAUUUCAGUCAGAGUGAAGAAUUCAUCCACCCGGAGAGAGACCGCGGAUUGCAUCAGUCUAACAAAACACGUGAAAUUUCACAAAAGAGCCUUUGGCAGAAAGGUAAAUUCGGUUGAUACAGAUGUUUGUAUGCAUUUAACCCUAAAUGUUAUAUCAACAAUUUUUCAUAUUAUAAAUAGACGGCAUUAAAGCAUACGCCAUAAGGAAGAUUAUAAUAUUUAUUUAAAUGUGACACAAUCUAAAUUAGAAAAAGGAUAAGAUUUUUUAAAUUCUAUUUACAAUAUGUUUCACUGUGGGAAUUAAAUCAGUAAACGUUUUAAAACUGUGUACCUGAACAUGAUUAACUGGCAUGCAUCUCCCCAAAACAACAUAUUAUACCUUAAACAUUGACGCACUGGCUGUAUUCAUUGGAAGCAGAACUUAAAUCCUAGUCACAAUUAGUAAGAACAGUUUUUACACGUCCUCCAGCUCAUUUGUACUAACUGGUUCCUAUGACUGGAAGAUACUCAUCGGUUAUAUAGGAUGGAAAUGUCACGGUGACAAUGGACAAGACAACUGCAUCAAGUUCAAGCUCAAGUCCGAGUUCCAGGGUGGUCAAACCCAGCGGCCUUGGUAUUAGAGGACGCCCAGCUGCGGCUAGCGCAGCCCGAGAAAGGAGCAGAGUACAGACUCUGAGGCACGCUUUUUUGGAGCUUCAGAGGACACUACCGUCAGUACCACCAGACACCAAACUAUCCAAACUGGACGUCUUGAUUUUGGCCACCACCUACAUCGCUCAUCUAACUAGAACUUUGCAAGAUGAUGGAAUACAAGCGGCAGAAAGCACAAAACAAACUGAAGUGUUAAACGCGAUGAAAGGCGAGGGUUAUCUGCACCCAGUUAAAAAAUGGCCGAUGAGAUCCAGAUUGUACAUUGGGACUACUGGACAUUUUUUAAACUUGGGUGAAACGAAGGACUCGAGCAAUACCCAACUACCACCUGCUUCUCGGUCAUAAAUUACUUGGCACUUGACUAUGUGGUCCUCUUCUGACAUACGUGAUGUUUAAAUUUUACUUUUGUUAGCGAAACGAUGACGUCGUUUUCUGAAUCUUAAUGAAAUGCCUAUGCAUGCCACCUCCCACGUCAAGUUUUUAACAGAGAUGUUUUUCCGCUACCUUAUGGUUUUCAUAAUAACGCCAGCAUAGAGAAAUUGCAGAAAUUAACAUGCAUUCUUCUUACAGUUAAAGGCGUCGAGACAUUUCAGUGGGAUUACGUAUUGUGAAUCGUAUAAACCUUCACGAACUGUUUGUAUAUAUUUUCAAUUUCUUUUGGAUUCUUUAUGUACUGUAACUCUGUAGAUUUUGAGAAUUUAAUCUUCCAGCGAUGACGGGCAUGAUUAUUUCAUAUUUUACCCGCUGGUUUUGCACUUUCACUUUAAGCACUUGCACUCAAAGCACAUUAAACAGCUAAACUCAGCCAUUUCAAAUCAUCUGUCAAAAAAAUGUCACUAGGUAACGAAACCAUAUUUCCAUAUUAUGUGACAAGAAAAGUUGCAAACACUGCACGUACAUUGUUAAGUAAUAAAAUUACGGGAAUAGAUCAAACCCUUAAGAUUACAAACAAACGAGUCUGUGUGUUCUGUCAAAAACGUAGGCCUAUUUUUCCGUUACAAAAUGACAAACGAAACAAAAUUACAUUU